AUGGCUGCCACUGCACCACCGCCAAAGUCCGAAUUUCCCUACUCAUUGGAAAUCUCAAUUCCACUGCCAACUCAACGCCUUGCCUCGUCUGCCCUGCAAACACUCGAUGUCGACCCCGAGUUGUCAGCAUUUGUGCGACGCACUUUGACCCUCACAACCCCCACCCACGACACAGCAACCGAGCCCCAAGAAAAGAAGUUGAAGCAAGACCCCAACUCAGAUGACUCGGAUGACUCGAAGACCGUCCUGCAAGUCAACUACUAUGCCACUACGAACCGCAUGCUCCGAGUCGCCGUCAAUGGAUUCAUGGAGAGCAUGGGUGUUAUUCUAGGCGCGAUGGCCGAGUUGGAUGUCGAUGUGCUCGAAGCCGAAUUUGAAGGAUGA